AUGGCAGACUCCGGAGUUGACACAAGUAAUGAAAGUAGUGAUAAUCAAAACAUAGAUCACACUCCAUGUAUUAUAGAAUUCAAUCCAUUGGCCAAUACACUUGAUGUGUCUGGUAGUAGACGGAUAGCAAAAGACUUCUUCGGCGAACGUCACGAUUUAAUCGGUAAAAUAAAAUGUACUACCAAGGCUAGACAUUGCAGAAUUAAAUACCGAUAUGGUGGUUCAAUUUGCUCAUCAAGAAAUCAGAAGCUACGUUUCGCUGCAUCUACAAAUAAUUCCGAACUUGUAGAAAAACUCCUCCUGUCUGGCGCUGACCCCAAUUCAUCUGAUGAACACAAAAGAAGUCCACUGCAUUUGGCAGCCUGCCGUGGAUAUGUUGAUGUCGUUAGAAUACUCUUAAGUCAUGGUGCUAACCCUAAUAUAAAGGAUACCCUCGGUAACACUCCUCUGCAUCUUGCUGCUUGUACAAAUCAUAUACCAGUUGUCAUAGAGUUGUUGGAUGCAGGAACUGAUGUUAGUUCUAAUGAUAAGAAUGGCCGUAAUCCAAUUCAGUUGGCCCAAAGCAAAUUAAAACUGAUUCAAAUGCGUCCAAGUGGUGCAGGUAAUUAUGAGGAAACGAGGCAGCUUAUUGGUGAAAUUUGUUUAGUUGUGGAGAUGAUGUUAAAAUAUAUGAAAAUUCAAAGAGCUGAUUCUGCAGAUCUAGAAUCCGUCCGUGAGAGAUUAGAGCGUGUCAGUACAAGAGAACAAGUAGAAUCUGAGGUACAAAAUUUACUCGACAGCCUAGACUCUUUGAAAUUGAGAUAA